GUGAUCUUUCUUUUGCUUUAGUAUUCAUACUUUCUUUCUUUCUUUCUUAUUUUGAGCUUUCUCACACGGACCCUUUUUCAUAAAGUGUGUUUCAUAACUUUGAUGAGCUUCACCCCACUCAAUAUUUAAGGGGCACUGGCUCAAAUUUCACACUAUCUCCUCCUUCACUCUAAUUUUAAGCAUCCGUGAAGAUUUUGGGAAUUCAAAUAGAACAUGUCAGGGUAUUAUAAGGAAUCAAGGAAUCAAAAGAAGAGGUUUCCACGUGCUCAACCUUGGAAUCAACUCAGUUAUCUCAUCGUCCAUUCUGUUCACGAGUUGAAAUCUUUGGUAGGCAGCCAUGCUUGAGUUUUGAUCCGGGUCUUACAUAGAAGAAAGGGUUUUAUUUUUAAAUCCAAAAAAAAUAAAUCAAUAUUGUCAAAGGUUGGAAAGGAAAGUUCCCUUUUUUUUUGGCUUUUCUUGUGUUUUUAUUAACUUCUUCUGGUGGAGCAACAAACUAGAAGACUCAAAACCUCUAAGCAAAGAAGAUGGUGAAAAGGUCAGUAGGAGAGAGAGGAGACACUCCCUUGCAUUUGGCUGCAAGAUCAGGAAAUCUGGAACUUGUUAUGGAAAUAAUCUCAAACACUAGUGAGGAGAUAGAAUUAAAGGAAAUAUUAGCAAAGCAGAAUCACUCUAGUGAAACCCCUCUUUAUGUGGCCUGUGAAUAUGGCUAUGUGGAUAUGGUGGAGGUCAUGAUAAAGCACUACGACAUUGAAAUAGCUGGUACCAGAGCUAGGAAUGGUUAUGAUGCAUUUCAUGUAGCUGCCAAGCAUGGAAAUUUAGGGGUGUUGAAGGUGCUCAUGGAGGCUAUACCGGAACUUGCAAUGACAGUUGAUCUAACAAACACAACAGCUUUGCAUACUGCUGCAGCACAAGGUCAUGUUGAAGUAGUUAAUUACCUCUUGGAUAGUUUUAGCAGCCUGGUCACCAUAACGAGAAGUAACUGCAAAACUGCGUUGCAUUCUGCGGCGAGGAAUGGGCAUUUGAUGGUUGUCAGAGCCCUCUUGAGCAAAGAGCCUGGAAUUGCUGUGAAAAUUGAUAAGAAAGGACAGACUGCUCUUCAUAUGGCAGUUAAGGGACAUAAUGUUGAGCUGGUGACUGAAAUGUUGAAGGCGAAUCUUUCUUUGAUAAACAUGGUUGAUGCUAUGGGCAACACUGCCUUGCAUACAGCUACCCGGAAGGGUCGAGCUGAGAUUGUUCAGAUGUUGCUAAGUCACAAGGAAGUAGACACAACUGUGAUUAACAAACAUGGGGAAACUGUACUUGACACUGCUGAUCGAAAUGGACAGCCAGAGAUUGCUGCUGUCCUAAGAGAACGUGGGAUUCAAAGUGCCAAAUUCAUUAGACCACCAAGUUCAAAGAGGUCCAGGGAACUAAAGCAAACUGUCAGUGUGAUCAAACACAAAGUACAUAACCAGCUUGAGCAUGCACGCCAGACCCGAAAACAAGUGCGAGGAAUGGUGAAACGGCUCAACAAAAUGCACUUAGAAGGCCUCAACAACGCAAUCAACUCGACCACGGUUGUUGCUGUUCUCAUAGCCACUGUUGCCUUUGCUGCUAUCUUCCAAGUCCCUGGUCUGUACCCUGCUGAUGCUUCAAACAUAACAACUCCAAACCUCUCAACUGGGGAGGUCCUUGUUGGUCCCAGAAUCGAAUUCACCAUCUUCUUCAUAUUCGACUCCUUUGCUCUCUUCCUAUCACUAGCUGUUGUGAUUGUCCAAACCUCGGUUGUUGUUGUAGAGAGAAAAUCAAAGAAGAAACUCAUGGCAAUCAUAAACAAGCUGAUGUGGUUGGCUUGUGUUAUGGUCUCAGUGGCAUUUUUAGCACUGUCCUAUAUUGUUGUGGGAGAGCAUCAUAGAUUGUUAGCCAUUGGAGUAACUGGUAUAGGGACAGUAAUUAUGGCAACAACACUGGGGACUAUGUGUUAUUGGGUGAUAGUAAACAGGCUUCAAUCUUCCAAAAUGAGGAGAAGCCUUAAAAGAUCAAUGACUAAUAAUAGUCAGUCACCACAAUCAUGGUCUGUUUCAAUAAUGUCCGAUACUGAUAUACUAAAUAGUGAGUAUAAGACAGUGUAUGCACUUUGAAAGACCAAAGAUAGCAUAUAUUUAGUCUGAGAUGUAAAUUGGCCUCUUGACAAGUAACAUAGUCGUAGUGUAUAUAUAAAUUAAAUGAUGUGAGACCGAACUUUUGUCAUUUGCCUAAUUGGGAUAUCAUAAGAAUAACAGAAGAUCAUUAAUGUAGUGUUACUAUUGCAAUUUGAAGAUAACUCAAUCAAUCCUGUUCUUUUUAUA